CUCUGGAUUGAUAAAAAGGAGACCGAAUUCCUUCAACAGAGACGGAGAGUUAGGAAGUCCAAGUGAAGCCAUUGAUUGCUUGAUUGAGUGGCGAUGUGUUUCUAAUUGCUGAUUCUGAUCUUGACUGGGCGUGAUCUGAUUGGCUGUCCUGACCAUGGCCGAGAAGGUGACCUUGGCGGACGCCUUGUCCAAUGUGGACGUAUUGGACGAGUUGCCGUUGCCGGAUGAGCAGCCGUGCAUCGAGGCCGCACCCUGCUCCAUCGUGUAUCAGGCGGAUUUCGACACCAACUUUGAGGACCGGCAGGCCUUCAUCACGGGCGUGGCCAAAUACAUCGAAGAGGCCACGGUUCACUCAUCCUUGAAUGAAAUGUUGGAAGAAGGUCAUGAGCACGCGGUUAUGUUAUACACUUGGCGGUGUUGCUCUCGUGCCAUUCCGCAACCCAAAUCCAAUGAACAGCCCAAUCGGGUCGAGAUCUACGAGAAGACCGUGGAGGUGCUCUCGCCCGAGGUCAAAAAGCUCAUGAAUUUGAUGCACUUUCAACGAAAAGCCAUCGAACGUUUCUGCGGCGAGGUCAAACGACUUUCGCACGAGGAGAAACGCAAAGAUUUCGUCUCGGAGGCCUAUCUGCUCACUCUGGGAAAGUUCAUUAAUAUGUUUGCUGUCUUGGACGAGCUCAAGAACAUGAAGUCGUCAGUGAAAAACGACUAUGCCACUUACCGACGUGCUGCUCAAUUUCUCAAAGUGAUGGCGGACAGUCAGUCAUUGCAGGAGUCGCAGAACUUGUCCAUGUUCUUGGCCACCCAAGGCAAGAUCCGUGAUACGCUCAAGGAUAACUUGGAGAAGAUCCGUAACUACGAGGAUCUCUUUUGUGACGUCAUUCAAAUUUGUUUGACCAUGUUCGACACUAAGGCGUAUUUAACGCCGUCGGAAAAGCACAUGCUUGUCAAGGUGAUGGGCUUUUGCCUUUUUCUCAUCGACUCUGAGCAAGUUAACGUGAACAAAUUGGAUCAAAAAAGAAGACUGAGAUUCGACAAAAUGGACAAAAUUUUCCAUGAUCUCGAGGUGGUGCCCCUUUUUGGCGACAUGCAAAUCGCACCAUUUAAUUAUGUCAAAAAAAUGAAGCAUUACGAGCCGGGCAAGUGGCCUUUGUCCUCUCAAGUCAACUCCAACUCGGCUCAGGCCAAUCUCAUGAUCCACGUGCCCAAAAUGCGAGAAGAUCACUUGAAGUUUUCCUCUGAAUUAGCCCGAUACUCGAAUGAAGUGACCACCACUUACAAAGAAACGCCUAGAUCUGAUAGCGAGAAUCGAACCUUGAGUGAGUUAGCCUUCCGGGGACUGCAGUUGCUCUCUGAGUGGACCAGUCAAGUGACCGAGUUGUAUUCGUGGAAGUUACUCCAUCCCACAGACCACCAUCAAAACAACGAAUGUCCCCAAACUGCCGAAGAAUACGAGAGAGCCACACGAUACAACUAUUCAUCCGAGGAGAAAUUUGCCCUAAUCGAGAUUAUUGCCAUGAUCAAAGGUCUUCAGGUGCUGAUGGCCCGGAUGGAGACUGUCUUCACAGACGCCAUUCGAAGGAAUAUAUACCAGGAGCUUCAGGAUUUCGUUCAGCUUCAACUGAGAGAGCCGCUGAGAAAAUCCAUUAAGAAUAAGAAGGAUCUUAUUCGAAGCAUUAUUGUGUCAGUUCGUGAGUGUUGUGCGGAUUGGAUUCGAGGGAUUGAGCCGAAUGAUGAUCCGGCCUUGAAGGGAAAACGCGAUCCAGAUGGUGGCUACGAUCUCAAAGUGCCGCGGCGAAAUGUUGGUCCAAGCUCUACUCAAUUGUAUAUGGUGCGAACAAUGUUGGAGUCGUUAAUUGCUGACAAGUCCGGAGGAAAGAGAACGUUGAGGAAAGAUAUUGAUGGGAACAUUCUCAUGAAGAUUGACGAGUUCCACAAGAACUCGUUCAAUUGGAAUUAUUUGCUGAACUUCAGUAAAAGCUUACAAGAUUGUUGUGACUUGUCUCAACUCUGGUAUCGAGAGUUCUACCUCGAAAUGACCAUGGGACAAAGAAUUCAGUUCCCCAUCGACAUGUCCAUGCCAUGGAUCUUAACAGACCAUAUCCUUGAAACUAAUGACUCAUCAUACAUGGAGUGUGUCUUGUACCCAUUGGAUCUGUACAAUGACAGUGCUCAUUAUGCCCUCACGGUGUUCAGAAAACAAUACCUUUACGAUGAAGUCGAAGCCGAAGUCAACCUUUGUUUCGAUCAGUUUGUUUACAAAUUGAGCGACCAGAUUUACAUCUAUUACAAACACUUAGCUGGUACCAUCUUGCUGGAUAAGAGGUUUCGCCAAGAAUGCCAAACCAUGGGAACGAAUAUCCCUUCACCGCCUCCCAAUCGUUACGUGACUCUUCUGCGACAACGCCACGUCCAACUUCUGGGUCGAUCUAUCGAUCUCAAUCGGCUCAUUUGUCAGCGCAUCAAUUCCUACCUUCAGAAGUCAUUGGACUUGGCUAUCUCCAGGUUCGAAGCGGGAGAUUUAACAGGUGUGGUCGAACUUGAGAACUUGCUGAAGGUCAACAAACUCGCUCAUAAACUGUUGUCUGAGCAUUUGGCCCUGGAUGAUUUUGAUGCCAUGGUAGCCGAGGCUAAUCACAAUGUCUUGGCACCCUAUGGAAGGAUCACGCUGCAUGUCUUUUGGGAACUGAACAUUGACUUCUUGCCGAAUUAUUGCUUCAACGGAGCUACUAAUAGGUUUAUUAAAUGCCGGGAAAUCCUCUUUUCCAAUCAGACCCAACGUGAAAAGACGAAGCCUCCUGUAAUGGCUCAUCAUUACGUAUGGGGCAGUAAGGCCUUGAAUGUGGCCAAUAAUACAAUUUAUUCACAAUACGCUGGCUUUGUGGGUAUGCCCCAUUUUCGUUCAAUGGCCAAACUCUUGGGUUAUCAAGGGAUUGCUGUGGUCAUGGAGGAGCUUUUGAAAAUCAUCAAGGCCUUGAUCCAAGGAGAUAUACUCAACUUCACCAAGACUCUUAUGAGUGCUAUGCCCAAGCAAUGCAAACUUCCCCGUUACGAUUAUGGAUCGCCCGGGGUUCUGAGCUACUAUCAAGCCAUCCUUCAAGACAUUGUGCAAUAUCCCGAUGCCCGAACUGAACUAUUUCACAUCUUCCGCGAAUUCGGCAACGCAGUCAUUUUCUGCCUCAUGACCGAACAAGCCUUGUCUCAAGAAGAAGUCAUGGACCUUUUGCACGCGGCACCCUUCCAAAAUAUUCUGCCAAGACCCUUUUGCAAAGAGGGCGAAAAACAAGAAUCCAAGCAAAAACGUCAAGAAGCCAAGUACGUCGCCCUGCAGAUUGUUCAAAACAUUGACAAGAUGGGCAAUGCCAAGCAGGCUCAAAUCGCCAAGGACGGAGAUUUACUCACUCGGGAACGACUUUGUUGCGGUUUGUCCAUUUUUGAGGUGAUUCUCACCCGGAUCAAGUCCUAUUUGGAUGAUCCGAUUUGGACAGGCAAUCCCCCGGAAAAUGGCGUUAUCAAUAUUGAUGAAUGCACGGAGUUCCACCGCUUAUGGUCGGCUUUGCAAUACGCGUAUUGCAUUCCAGUGGGAGAGAAUGAGUUCAACAUUGAACAAAUGUUUGGAGAGGGUUUGAAUUGGGCCGGAUGUGUGAUGAUCGUUUUGUUGAAUCAACAACGACGUUUCGAGUGUCUUGACUUUUGUUAUCACAUCUUCCGAGUCCAAAAAGUCGAUGGCAAAGAUGAGAACAUCAAAGGCAUUCAAUUAAAGCGAAUGGUGGAUCGAAUCCGUCGUUUCCAGGUGUUAAACUCGCAGAUCUUUGCCUCGUUGAACAAAUACAUGAAGACCAGUUGUGGUGAGACCGAGAACAUGCCCGUAGAACACGUUCGAUGCUUCCAGCCACCUAUUCAUCAGUCAUUGGCCUCCAGUCAAAGUCAAUAUAGGGCACCCAAUUAAGCUUUGAAAUCAUGCAGUUCCAUCAAGAACUAUUAACAACCCUUGGUGGGCGUGCGGUAACGCAUGACAAUUGUGCACUCCUUGGGGUUGAUUUCUCACCACGCUCUGAUUUCCCUAUGCAUUUCUAGAUUAUAUUUAAUUUUCCACCGUCAUUCAAUGUAUGCAUCAGCAUUAUCCAAAUAAAAGCUUCCGUGAAUUGCCAAA